AUGGUGUUACAUGUUCAAUCUCCCACCUACUUCCUAGUAAAUAUACUUUGUCCUGUAAAUCACAUAAUAUCAUCAACAAUGGACGAAGCCUACCACAACCUCGCCAAAACAAUCCACACCCAAGCCGCCUCCCACCCCAAGGGGCGCUUCAUCGUCGCCAUCGCCGGCAUCCCAGGCUCCGGCAAGACGACCACCGCCUCACGAGUCGUCGAACUCUUAAACACUGAAUUCUCUACCCCCUCUUCGUCAGUCACACCAUGCCCUUCCACUCCCCGCGCCGCUCUGCUCUCCAUGGACGGAUUCCAUCUCCCCCGCGCAACGCUCGACCAGCUGCCCAAUCGCGAGGAAGCGUACAUUCGUCGCGGAGCACCGUGGACGUUUGACGCUGUGCGUUUUCUCGAGUUCAUGAGGUCUCUGCGUCGCUGGGCGGAUCAAUCUGCCUCUUCCGAAGAUGACGACACACUUUACGCCCCCACAUUCUCUCACGAAACAAAAGACCCCAUUGAAAAUGGAACCUACGUUACCAGCUCUAUAUCUAUUAUCGUCGUGGAGGGGAACUAUCUUCUUCUGGACGAGCCGGUGUGGAGGGACGUGCCGGCGCUGGUGGAUUACAAGGUGUUUAUAGAUACGGAUGCGAUGGUGGCGAGGGAGCGGUUGGCAAAAAGGCAUGUUUUUGCGGGUAUUGAGAGCUGCGUGGAGGAUGGGUUUCGGCGCGUCGAUGCGAAUGAUUAUUUGAAUGCGUUGGUGGUCAGGGAGAAGAUGGUGGCGGCGGAUUUGGUGGUUUGGAGUGUUUAG